GGAUAUUCGACACGAUGGGCGCCGACGACAAGACGACCAAGACCGCUGCGCAGGUCUCGGAGGACCUCGAGCAGGACAUCAGCACGCUGCCCAAGAUGGAGAUUGCCCAUCUGCACUACCUUCUGCAGGCGUCGGCCUCGGCGCAUGCGGCGGUCUCGGCGGACGAGGUCUCGGCGGCCAAGGCCAAGCUUCUCGAGCACAUCCAAGCUGACAACAUGAGCCCGUACUAUGAGCAGCUCUGCGCCGAGUUCCAGUGGCCCGUCGAUGCGGCGCUUCUCGCGACCAUGAAGAAGGCUAACGAGGACGAGCUCAAGGCGCUCGACGUGCAAUUGGAAGAUGCGAUCGCCAACCUCGGCGACAUUGAGGUCCUCGAGACGCACCUCGCGCGCGCGCGCGUGUUUUCCAAGAUCGGCGACAAGGCCAACGUGCUGGAAGCCUUCAAGACGGCGCUCACCAAGCCGACGUCCAUCAACCAAAAGAUCAUCAUCGAGCUCCACAUCAUUCGCAUUGGCCUCUUCUUUUCGGACCUCGAGCUGGUCGAAGCGCACAUCAAGAAGGCGACCGCGCUCAUCGACGAAGGCGGCGACUGGGACCGCCGCAACCGCCUCAAGGUCUACGAAGGCUGCUACCUCCUCAUGGCCCGCGACUUCAAGAAGGCGUCCAAGCUCUUCCACGAAUCGGUCGCUACGUUUACGAGCACGGAGCUCAUGUCGUACCCGACCAUGAUCUUCUACGCCGUCAUCACGUGCGUCUUGAGCAUGGACCGCGUCGACCUCAAGAAGAAGAUUGUCGACUCGUCCGAGGUCUUGGCCGUGAUCCUCGACAUCCCGCACCUCUCGGACUUUCUCAACGGUCUCUACAACUGCAACUACAAGCAGUUCUUUACGGCCAUGGUGCAACUCCACCCGUACGUGCACCGCGACAAGUACCUCGCGGCGCACUCACGCUUCAUCUACCGCGAGCUGCGCAUCCUCGCGUACACGCAGUUUCUCCAAGCGUACCGAAGCGUCACGAUGCAGUCGAUGGCCCAAUCGUUUGGCGUUGGCAUCCCGUUCUUGGACGCCGAGCUCUCGCGCUUCAUUGCCGCUGGCCGCUUGAACGCCAAGAUCGACAAGGUCUCGGGCGUCAUCGAGACCAACCGCCCGGACGCCAAAAACGCGCAGUACCAGGAGACGAUCAAGCAGGGCGACGCGCUCCUCAACCGCAUCCAGAAGCUCGCACGUGUCAUCAACGUCUAAGUUGGACCGAGGUAUCGUGGUAACGAGAGCAUAUAUUGGAUCGAUGCA